AUGGAGCCCGAGGACAUCUACAGCUCGCUGAGCCGCCUCGACGCGGCGCGGGCGAUCGCGCGCGCCGCGCACUUCCCCCUCCUCUUCGCGUUCGCGUGCUUCUUCCUCCUCGGCGCGUGGGUCGGGCGCGCGACCGUCGUUUUCGAGUCGCGCGCGCGACGGAGGCACCUGAACGACGUCGUCGCGAAGAUCGUGGACGGCGUCGUCGCCGGCGCCGCGGUGAAAGCCGUCGAAGUCGGACCGAUCGUGGACGGCGUCCUCGCGGGGUUGCGAGGAGGACGCGCGGUGGGAGAGGAGGAGGAGGUGGUGGUGGAGGUGGUGGAGGAGGAGGAGGAGGAGGAGGAGCCGUCGACGCGCGCGAGGACGAUGGUCGGGGAGGGACAGAGAGAACGAGUCCUCGUCCCACGCGACGCCUGCACGCGCUGCCCCGGCCUCCCCGAUUGGUUCCGCGUCAAAGCGGAAGGGGAGGUGUACUACUGGAACAAGCGGACGCAGGUGACGACGUUCGACGCGCCGACGCCGGAGCGCGAGUCUGACGCGGCGGCGGCGGCGGCGGAGGCGGAGGCGGCGGCGGCGGCGGCGAUCGACGAGGCGUUGGAAGCCGCGGAGGCGGCGGCGGCGGCGGCGACGACGCGGACGCGGGGGAGACGCGCGGAUGCGGACGUCGAGAUCGAAGACGCCGCCGCUGACGGCGAAGACGAGGAGGAGGAGGAGGAGGAGGAGGAGGAGGAGGAGGAGGACGAGACCCCGACGGACGAGCGCGCGGCGUCGUUCACGGAGGACGUCGAGAUGGCGGACGCGAUGUCCGGGAUGAGCGGCGCCGGGGCGUUCAGCGGAGUCCAACACGAGGGCGAUGGCGAGGGCGAGGGCGAAGGCGAGGGCGAAGGGGAGGUGGAGUCGAGCGCCCCCGCGGCGGCGGCGGCGGCGGCGCGGACGCCGACGCGAACGCCGCCGCCGACGAAGCCGCCGCCGUCGCCGCUUCGCCGGACCGAGUCCUCCGCCAGCGCAGACAGCGCGGAGCGACGGAAGAAAGCCGCGGACGAGGCGGAGUGGUCGUCGCGCCAGGCGGAGAUCGAGCGGCAGCGCGCGCGAGCGCAGGCGGCGAAAAAAACCGCGAAGGCGAAGCGCGCGGCGGAAGAGCGCUCCACCGCGGCGGCGGAUAAGUACCGCGCCGGCGUGAAGGAACGCGAGGCGCACGCCUCCGCGCUCGAGACGGCGCGCGCCGACGCGCAGAGCGCGCUCGAACGCGACGGCGUCAUCGCCCUCGCGGCCGCCGGGUGCAUGGAAGCGACGCUCUACGCGCUCGGUCUCGUGGACUCGGUGAAUCGCGGCGGCGGCGGCGGCGAGAAGGACGCCGCGCGCGUGGAGAUCGCGUUUAAGAAGGGCCUCGCGAAGAACCACCCGGACCGGAGCGCGUCGCGAGGGGACGACCUCGCAUCGAGCGCGCGGUGCGAGGAGACGUUUAAGGUUUUACAAGCCGCGCAUCAGAGGUGGGUCGCGGCGGGGAAGCCCGUCGGGUUGAAGGCGUUUUCGACGGCGCAAGCUGUGAUGAGCCAUCACCGACGAAAUAGCGCGCGCCCGGCGGCGGCGGCGCCGUCGGCGCACUCGCAGCACUCGCAGCCGGCGUCGCAGCAGACGUACGGGGGGCACAACGCCGCGGCGAGGGCGGCGGCGGCGGCGCAGGCUGCGGCGUCGGCGGCGUCGGCGGCGGCGGCGGCGCACGCCGCGCGGCAGCGGCAGCAGCAGCAGCAGCAGCGGCAGACGUUUAACUUUCGCGAGGAGGCGUUCUUCAACGCGCAGGUCAUGUACCGCGAGCAGGCGAUGCGCACCGCCUCCGCGGCCGCGGACGCGCUGCGUCGUGAGUCCGCGAAGAUGGCGAACGACUUGGACGCGCGGCGGGCGGAGGAGGAGGCUCGGAUCUUAGCCGCGAGGAAGCAGACGGAGGCGGCGGCGGCGAAGCACGCGGCGGCGGCGGAGCAGCUCAGAGCGGCGAAACUGCGUCACGCGGAGGCGGCGGCGCGGUUCGAGGAGAGCCGGAAACGCGACGCGGAGGCGAGCGCGGAGGCGGGCGCGUGGGCGGAGUACAGCGCGAGCGUCAAGGAGAACGACGAGGGCGGCGCGUGGGCGUCGGUCUCGCGCGGCGGCGGCGGGUCGGGGUCGUCGCCGCGGACGGUGAGGAAAGCCAGGCGGCCGGGGAACGGCGCCGCGCAGCCGCAGGCGGCGCGAUGA